UCGACACCCCCAGGUUUCAACCAAGGACCGACAACUUCUCAUCACCAAAUGUCUCCCCUGACCGACGAACAAUUGUCCGCAGCCGCCGGCGCAUGUCUGGAGCUGCAGAGAACCGCCCAAGACAUCCACUCGAAACGGCCGUUUGUCGCGUUGCUUCUGGCACCGGACAAUACCACCGUUCUGAUGUCCUCCCUGUCGCUAUCGCACGUCAGGCACGCCGAGACUGAACUCGCCCGCAACGCGGCCGAUAAUUAUGCGCGCGACUAUCUCGCCAAAACAACGCUCGUCUCCACCUGGGAGCCUUGCGCCAUGUGCGCCGGCACGAUGUACUGGGCGAACAUUGGACGGCUGGUGUACCUGGCGUCAGAGAAAACACUCCGACAGCUCACCGGAGAAGGGAACACUGAGAACCUCACUCUGGAUUUGCCAUGUCGAACCGUAUUUGCCAGUGGCCAGACGGAAGUGGAGGUUAUUGGGCCUGUGAGUGGGUGGGAAGCCAAGGUGGUGGAGGAUAGUCAAAGGUACUGGGGAAAAGCGAAAUAGCAAAGUGACCAAGGCAAUAUUCUUCGGGCUCCCAUUUUGCAAAGAUUGAUGGCUGCUAUUAUUUAUGUAUUCGAAUGUUCUUAUCUUAUCAAUCUUCGAUCGGUUGGUUGUAUCGCUUGCAUCGCCUUUGUGGCACACUUUAUCGGAUGUGCAGUGAUAAUGCGGAAAUGUGAAGGAAAUCAUUUAAAAUCAUAUCGUUAUCCAAGGCGAUGGGCAUUAGCACCAGUUUCUAUUGGAAUCGGCGCUAUCCUUUGGCACCCCACCAUCGUAGCUGAAAAAGCUGGGUGUCUGAUCUGAUAUUAUGAGCAAUGUACCCCGUCGUACUCAAUUAUAAAUAGGAGGUUGUAUCCUCUGCCUGCUGUGAUAUUAAAC